CUCCGAAAGAUGAGCGUUGGUCCUCUGACAUGCAUGCAUGCGUCUGCUCAUUAUCAAAGUGUGUCUGCCAUGCACAUCCAGCGCCUCUUCUCCGCAAGCAGUUUCUUGGACGCCACAUGCCCUCUUCGCUUGACAGCGCUCGAGGCAAGCAACCGCAUCGGGUGCCUCUCGCUUCUCGAUCCGUCAGCCGCGUGGUUUGUGCUCUCGGCAUCGGAGACGUCGCCCAUUGCUUCGUACGCUAUCGUGUCGGCGUCCCGUGGCGUGCGCUUGAGCCCCCACAUGGAUGCUAGCGCUGCUCGGGAUUUGGCUCAGCACCUACUAACGCUGCACGAUCUACCCGACUUUGAUUCAGUAUCUGGUACACCUGAGAGCGUCCAGGGCUUUGCACUCGGCCGUGGCCACUGCACCCAAGACGAUGUGCUCUACCGACUUGGCGAGCUCCAGCCCCCGAUGGAGACCCUCGGUGUCUUGGCGCUGGCGACCGCCGAGCACACUGCGCUGCUCACCGCGUGGUACGUCACAUUUGUGCGCGAAUGCUUUGGCGUGGAUGAGCCCGAAGACAAAGCGUUGGCGUUCAUUUCGCGCGGCAUCACGCGCCAAGCACUCUACCUCUGGGUCGUCGACGGGUCGGUGGUUGGCUUUGGGGGGGUCGCGCCCCCCGUGACGACUGACGAGACGACCGUGUACAUGCUGGGCCCGAUCUUCACGGCUCCGAAGGCGCGCGGCACAGGAUUCGGAAAGGCGCUCACGGCGGCCAUGAGUGCGACGCUGCUCGAGGCGCGUCCGACGCCGCACGCCAUCGUAACGCUCUACGCCGACUCGAAGAACCCGGCGUCGAAUGCUGCGUACAAGGCGAUUGGUUUUGUGGCCAUCGAACGCGACGUGACGUACGAGCUGCGUGACGCGCCGUAGACGGACGACAACGAAGAGUGACAGCUCCUCCCACGUAGUCGAAGAGCACGUCGACCAAGUGCGAUGCCGUGCGCUAUAUAGUAUGUGUGUAAUCAAGGUCUUUAGCCUGCA